UUGUCGUGUGCUGCUGUUGAGUCAAAUUGAUUUAUUUGUGGUGUAAAUUCUAUCAAAAAAUGGCUCCACCAAAACCAAAAGCAUCUCCAGCAAAAGUUUCUUCUGAUGGUGUAAAGCAAAGUAAAUUGCCACGAAAUGUUCAAAAAUUGGUUUCUCAUCGAACUACUCGUCAUUUGUGGUCUAAAUUGAAGCGAACAGCCGCAAAGAAAAAGGUCCCAGCCGAUAAGUUGCUCCAAAAACGACCGAAAUUUGUUGUCAAAAAAAUCGGCGGUGAAAAAAACGGUGGUGAACGACGUGUGUUACAAAAACGAACCCGCCGUUAUUAUCCUACCGAACCUGUAUUCAAGAAACGCCGAUCUGGACAUGUUUCAUUCAAGUCUCAUAAACGUACCUUGAAACCAGGUUUGGAACCCGGACGAGUUUUAAUCGUAUUGGCUGGUCGUCAUCGUGGCAAACGAGUUGUUUUCCUUAAACAACUUGCUUCUGGUUUAUUGUUGGUCAAUGGUCCAUUCACGAUAAACAAAUGUCCUUUACGUCGUAUGCAUCAACAGUUUGUGAUUGUUACAUCGACCAAAUUGGAUAUAUCAUCGGUCAAAGUUCCCGAACACAUUAAUGAUCGAUAUUUCAAAGUUAAACGACAACAAAAAGAAAAGAAAGGCGAUGGUGCAAAUGUGUUUGCUCAGGAGAAACAGACCUGGAAACCUGAUGAACAACGUAAAGCCGACCAAAAAGAUAUGGACAAACAAAUGUUGGGAUUGAUUCGUAAACAUCCUGAAAAGAAAAUGUUAAUGUCUUAUUUAGGAUCCUAUUUUCAAUUGCGUAACCGAAUGUAUCCACAUAAGAUGAAAUUUUAAAGAAAAGGUUUUGAAAAAAAAUUUCUUUUUUUUUGGUAAAAAUAAAAAUAAUAAAUUGAAA